CCCCGAUCAAAACAGGUGACAGUGGGCGGCCAAAAAUGGUGAAGGGAAUAGGGCGGAUGGGGCCAAACAGGCCAAGGAAAAGAAGAAACCACUCAUCUCCAACCAGAACCCGACCCUUAGCCUCAUCCGGGUUCGACCCGACACCCUCCGCCUCUCGCCCGUCGACCCUCUCCCCCACCGGAGUCUCCGUCCUCGAUCGCCAUCUCGUGACCGAAGAAGUCAGCAUCGACUUCUUCGAGAAACUCCGAAUCUCCCCUGACUCUGAUAAUAAUCCCAGGAGCUUUCCGUACAACGUGAAGCAGCAGUGUUGGGAGAAAGCGGAGAAGGUCAGGGGCCGGGAUCCGGACCGGUGGCGGCGAGACCCGUUGGGGAAUACGGUGUUUCGCAAGCUCGUGGGCUGCCCUGGUUGUCUGUGUCAUGACUAUGACCACAUUGUUCCUUACUCCAAGGGGGGAAAGAGCACAUUAGAAAACUGCCAAGUUUUACAGGCAACUGUUAAUCGAUCAAAGGGGAACCGCACUGAGAUCUCUAGAGCAGAUCUUAUUCAGAAAAGUUCUUAUUGCAGGGUUUCAGGUCGUGACAUGGAUCUUCUUGAACUGUCGGCUUAUGGCAAUGUGCGACGAGGACAAGAUUCUGGAGGAUGCAGGAUUCAGUGACAAGCUCCAAGGUAGAAGUUGUAAAAUUUAGGUAGAGAAUUUAAAAGUCGUUCUUUGAAAUCCGUCGACCGGUUAAAUGUAAUUCCCUCUAGCCGCGAUUGUUUUGUACCCUAGAAGCAAACUAUCAGAUUAUUUACUCGUCCAAUCACCGUGGAGUCGUGGACUAUAUAUCUAAUUACACUGGAAUUCAACCAUCAUUUUCUUGUAA